AUGGUAGUGCCUGAGGGUGAGAGAGGUGAGCCAUUAGUAGAUUCUCGGAAGGCCGAGUAUAGAGAGAUGCAGAGGAAUUACAAAGUGUUAGAGGUUGUGGCUGAUCAGGUUCUGGCCUUGCCUCAUACACCAAAGAUGGGCUCAAGCAAUCAAGCAUCACCUUCAGGGUCUGUAGGUAUAACCGUGGCUUCAGCUUCAGAGGGAGUGGAUAUACGGGUUGGUGUCCCUUUAUCUAGGCGCAAUAUACUUACAAAGGUGAAGCUAGUAGAGCUUCGGACAAAGUUUAGUGUUCCUCCUUCGGUGGGCUUGAGGUUACCCGGUGCUGCUGAUGUGGUUAGAUAUCCUCCAGAGGGAUGCGUGUUGAUAUUUACCGAUAUGUACCAGCAUGGUUUCAGACUACUGUUUCAUCCUUGGGUACAGAUAAUGUUGGCCAAGCUGGGAUAUGUGCCGAGGCAAUAUAAUCCAAACUUUUGGAUUCUUCUGCAUGAGGUUUACAUUGCUUAG